AUGUCUGCAUUUGCUGGAUUGCAUGAUGAUCUCCAAAUGGAAAUUCUCUCCUCGCUUUCGGUGAAGACUCUCCUGCGAUUACGGUGCGUUUGUAGGACAUGGAAUUCCCUCAUCUUCCAUCCUUCAUUUGUUAAUUCACACCUUCAAAGAUCCUCCAAGAACCCCGAAAUCCUAAUCAUGUUUUGCAUUAAUCCGAGUAACUCAGCUGAAGACACUGGUGUCCGCAUUACACAAUGGUCUAUACCGUUUAUACUUGAAAACCAAUCUUUGUUCCUUGAUGAGUUGGGAUUUUGUUUAGGGGAUUUGUCAUUAAAAGAUUCAUCUCAUCAUAUGUUGGGUGUAUGCAAUGGGUUGAUAUGUAUGCGUUAUCAUUUUAGCAUCGCUCAAUAUGACCAUUACUUGGUUCUAUUUUGGAACCCGGCCACUAAGAUUAAGUCUAAUAUUUCCCCAUUCUUACGUGUCAAUUCUUGCAAUGAUAGUGAAGAUUAUGAUGUGAAGAAAGGGUUUGGGUACGAUGCUUCAAGUAGAACUUACAAGGUAGUGGCCAUCAUUUUCCAUGUUGAAUCAAAGAGUUGGGAGGUGAAGGUUUACGGCAUGGGUGACUCUUAUUGGAGAAGGGUUUUAACCUGCUCUUCUGCUUUGCCCAUUUUGCAAGAUGAAAAUGGAGUCUUUGUGAGCGGCACUCUUAACUGGUUAGCACUUCGAACCUCUGUGAAUUCUGAUCCUCUAAUAGAAACCGUUACAAACAAUAGAAAUCUAUUAGUGAUUUUUUCGUAUGAUCUGAAGGAUGAGGUAUACAGGUAUAUGUCGUUACCUAAUGGUCUGUCUGAAGUAUCUCAUGAUAAGUGUUAUCUUGGUGUGUUGAAUGAUUGUCUUUGCCUCUCUCAUGAUCACGAUGGAACCUAUCUUGUUAUUUGGGAGAGAAAGUUCGAAACCCAAAAUUCUUGGACUCAGAUGCUGAAAGUAAAAUAUGCACAUCUUCAAGCUCCAUAUGUUCCAGUUUAUUUUCGUUUACCUUUGUUCAAGACUGAAAAUGGGGAUGUUCUGUUGCUGACAAACCAUGGACGUGCACAUUUUGUUCUGCUUGAUGAAGAAGAUGACAGAGCAGAUCGUAUUGAAAGUUUCAAAAGCGAAUUCGAGUUAUACUCAACGUCUAUAUCUUUUCAUUAUGCUGAGAGUUUGGUUGUGCCGUAUUAA